GUGGUCACCAAUGGGCGUGGCCACCAAUGGGCGUGGCCACAAGGGGCGGAGCCCCCGGAGCGAAGACCCCGGGGUCCCCGGAGGGGGCGUGGCCAAGGCGGACGAGGGCGUGGUCACUCAAUAAAGGGGCGUGGCCACACGGAGGGCGUGGUUACGUGGGCGAGUGGGCGUGGCCCAGCCGGGCGGUGCCGGGGCGCAGAAGGGGCGUGGCCAGGGGGGCUCGCGGCGGUCGGGGGGGUGCACGGGGGUGGGCGUGGCUGCCGAAAAGGGGGCGUGUCCAGGCGCGGAGGGGGCGUGGCCUCACCAUCAGAUCCUCCACCGCCACCACAUCGUCGAACUCGGGGUCCAUCGCACCCGGAAGCGCCGCCGGAAGUGAAGGCGGACGUGACGGCUUAUCCCCGCCCAUCCCCACCUCCCUUGGCCGCCAUUGGCCGCGCCCCGCCGCGCCGCGCUCCGAUUGGCCGGGCGGCGCGCGAGCCCCGCCGCCAUUGGCUCCGCCCCGCGUCAAUCACCGUGAGGGCAGCGCCGCCGCCAUGGCCGCGUACCGGCUGCGGGUCCGCACCGGCAGCGCCCCCGGCGCCGGCACCAGCGACGCCAUCGCCGUGACGUUGGUGGGGAGCCGCGGCAGCAGCGCCAGGACCGCGCUGGACCGAUGGGGGCCCGACUUCCACUGCGGGGCGGUGACAGAGUACCGUGUCCCCGUCCCCUGUCCCCUGGGGCGGCUCCUCCUGCUCCAGGUGCACAAGGGGCCCUGCGGGGGCCUGCCCGAGAGCGCCUGGUACCUGGAGAGCGUCACCGUGUGGGGACAGCGCGGGGACACCCCCGGGGACACCCCUGGGGACACCCCGGACACCCCGGACUCCUCGGACAGCGAGGACAGCGGGGACAGCGCCGGGGACAGCGAGGACAAUGACGAGGAGGAGGAGGAGGAGGAAGGUGACAGCGAGGACGAGGUGACGGAGGAGGAGGAGGGGACAGGUGACACCGAGGGGACAGGUGACACCGAGGAGGAGCUGGAGGAGCUGGAAGACACCGAGAGUGACACCGAGGGUGACGCCGAGAGUGACACCGAGGGUGACAUCAGCACUGCCAGCGCAGGUGACCCCGGUGACGUCGCUCUCCUGGGCCCCUUCCACUUCCCCUGCUACCGCUGGCUGCAGGGGUACGGCACCUGGGAGCUGCCCGAGGGCACAGCCACCACGCUGGCCAUGGAGCCACACCCGCGGCUGCAGCGGCAGCGCCGGCGACACCUGAGAGAGCAACGGCGGCGCUACAGGCUGGCCCCGUUCGCCCCCGGGCUGCCCUGGGCGCUGCCCCAGGGGACGCCGCUGGACCCCGACCUGAGCUACUCGCUGGCCAAGGCCUCGGCCUUCUACCUGAGAGGGAGCGCUGCGAACCUGGAGGCCAAGCUCCGGGGGUUCCUGGCCCGGCCCAGCUCGUGGCCCAGCGUGGAGGCCAUGACACGCGUGUUCCGCUGCUUCCACACGCCUGUCACCG